UAGCAAGCAAGGAACACGUGCAGGCAGCAGAAGCAGGUAAUACCAAUCGAAACCGUGCUUCUUUGCACACGCCAUUGCGCUCUAUGGAUUCGUUGCUUGUUAGUUCUUUUCCUAACUCAUACUCAUAUUCAAGCACCACCACCACUAGUCGGAAUCUAUGGCGGAGUAAAGCUUCUGCUAAUAAUUACUGUUCAAUUCCAAGUUCUUGUGCACCAAAAGCUUCAAGGCACAAAUGGAAUAUUCAAAAAGAAUAUAAUAUUUUGCAAUUCUGGAAGCCAAGUUUAAGUCUUUAUUGCAAAGGCACUGAAGGAGGGUCUACACAUCGAGAAUGCAAUAGAAAAUUUAUUGUGAAAGCGGCUCCUGAACAAUCUUUUGAAUCUGAACAGCCUGAUUUUGAUUCAAAAAACUUUUUGGAUGCUGUCAAAAAUUCCAUUGAUGCUUUCUACAGGUUUUCUAGGCCACACACAGUUAUUGGCACAGCAUUAAGCAUACUUUCUGUGUCUCUCCUUGCAGUGGAGAAAGUAUCAGAUAUAUCCCCACUAUUUUUUACAGGUGUGUUGGAGGCUGUAGUAGCUGCCCUGUUUAUGAAUAUUUACAUUGUUGGUUUGAAUCAAUUGUCCGAUGUUGAAAUAGACAAGAUAAAUAAACCUUAUCUUCCAUUGGCAUCUGGAGAAUAUUCCUUUGCAACUGGUGCUAUUAUUGUUGCAUCUUCUGCAAUUUUGAGUUUCUGGCUUGGCUGGAUUGUAGGUUCAGGACCAUUGCUUUGUGCUCUUUUCAUCAGUUUUGUGCUAGGGACGGCUUAUUCAAUCAAUGUGCCCUUGUUGAGAUGGAAGAGAUUUGCAGUGCUCGCUGCGAUGUGCAUUCUUUCUGUUCGUGCAGUUAUAGUUCAACUAGCAUUUUUCCUUCACAUGCAGACAUUUGUGUACAAGAGGCCAGUUGUCUUUUCAAGACCAUUGAUCUUUGCAACGGCAUUCAUGAGCUUCUUUUCUGUAGUUAUAGCACUGUUUAAGGAUAUACCAGACAUCGAAGGAGAUAAAAUAUUUGGUAUCCAAUCUUUUUCCGUACGUUUAGGUCAGAAGCGGGUAUUCUGGAUUUGUGUUUGCCUUCUGGAAUUGGCUUAUGGAGUCGCCCUUGUAGUGGGAGCAACAUCUUCUUCCUUAUGGAGUAAAAUUGUCACGGGUCUUGGACAUGCUGUACUUGGUUCACUUCUUUACUAUCAUGCCAAAUCCGUAGAUUUGAAAAGCAAAGCUUCCAUAACAUCCUUCUACAUGUUCAUCUGGAAGCUAUUUUACGCAGAGUACUUACUCAUACCUUUAGUUAGAUGAGAAUGCAGCGGCGGUAUUGUUGAUUUGAGUACUAGUUAAUGGUGCUGCUUUUGUCACAGGCUAGCUUUGAGUUUAUAAUUGGUUUUAAGUUCAUAACUGCAAUUGUAAAUGAAGGGUUACAUCUGUUAGGCUGGUUCUUAGUUUUUAACUAUCAGUGGUUUCUUUAAUAGUUUUUUAGCCUAUUAAUAAAAUGUCUUGUUUCUCUUCAUUAUCUUCUGCAUGCAUACAAAGUACAAACUGGACAGUUGUAUGCUAUUAGUUCAUACCUGGAGAAAUUGUUUAUGAACAAACACUUGCUAGUUGCUACAAACUAUUGUUCAUAAAGUAGACAGUGUAAAUGUAGAUGUUGAUUGAAUUAUGUUAAAUUCCAACAGUUGUUGAUUUUA